CCCAAAAGAUAGAAGAAAGAUGGUGACGAAUUCGUCAAGUUGUUUGAGCAUUCUGAAUAUUUCACGAUAAUAUUAUUCUGAAAAGAGAAUCGCGUGUUCCACACAAUAGACACUCGCUCAAGUUGAGUUAAUGCAAUUGCAAAAAUCACUACGUUGUCCCGGUGUGUCAUCGUAAAUAUUUUGAGAUAAUUUUAACAAAAACAAUCGUGGUCGAGAUAUUCUCGCCACAAUGUUCUCGACAAUUUCAUCCAAGUUGUAUCGAUGAUGAUGAUUAUGAUAACAGAAUAGUGUGUGAUAUCAUUCGUAUAGGUGACGUCGCAACGUUUGAUCUUGAAGGUUACUUUAACUGACUAGUUCGUUACUGCUCCUCCACAGGCCUGAACAGCUUGUACUGUGACUUCUUGCAGCAUAUUGACAAGAAGUUAUCAUGGCUUCGGGAAUACUGCAGAAAGCCAUAGACCUUGUAACAAAAGCUACAGAGGAAGAUCGCAAUAAAAACUAUGAAGAAGCCCUUAGGUUAUAUGAACAUGCUGUUGAAUAUUUCCUGCAUUCAAUAAAAUAUGAAACCCAUGGAGAUAGAGCUAAAGAAAGUAUAAGAGCAAAAUGUUUGCAGUAUUUAGAAAGAGCAGAAAAAUUGAAAGCUUAUCUGAAGAAAAGUAAGAAAAAGCCAGUCAAAGCUGGAGAAGAUAAUUCCAAGAAUGAAGAUAAGAAGAGUGACAGUGGUGAUAGUGACACUGACAGUGACCCCGAAAAGAAAAAAUUGCAAAGUAAGUUGGAAGGUGCUAUAAUCAUUGAAAAACCAGAUGUUAAAUGGAGUGAUGUAGCUGGUCUUGAUGGAGCUAAAGAAGCUUUAAAAGAAGCUGUUAUUCUACCGAUUCGUUUCCCUCAUCUCUUUACUGGUAAACGAAUACCUUGGAAAGGUAUUCUAUUAUUUGGGCCACCAGGUACUGGUAAAUCCUACUUGGCAAAGGCAGUGGCAACAGAAGCUAAUAAUUCUACCUUCUUUUCUGUAUCGUCAUCGGAUUUAGUGAGCAAAUGGUUAGGAGAGUCGGAAAAACUUGUAAAAAAUUUGUUUGAAUUAGCGCGACAACACAAACCUAGCAUUAUAUUUAUUGAUGAGAUAGAUUCACUGUGCUCAUCACGUUCUGAUAAUGAAUCAGAAUCUGCAAGGAGAAUAAAAACAGAAUUUCUUGUUCAAAUGCAAGGCGUAGGAUCCGAUAAUGACGGCAUACUCGUGUUAGGAGCGACAAAUAUACCUUGGGUUUUGGAUUCUGCAAUCAGACGAAGAUUCGAAAAAAGAAUCUACAUUCCUCUGCCCGAUGAACAGGCGCGCGCCGUUAUGUUCAAACUCCAUCUGGGUAAUACGUCACAUUGUUUAACAGAGGAAGAUUUUAAGAAAUUAGCGGCGGCCACUGAAGGUUAUUCGGGAGCCGACAUAAGUAUCAUCGUACGGGACGCUUUGAUGCAGCCAGUUCGACAAGUACAAACAGCAACGCAUUUCAAGCGUGUCAGAGGACCGUCGCCGAAGGAUCCUUCUGUUAUUGUUGACGAUUUACUUACUCCAUGUUCCCCUGGUGAUCCAGCUGCUAUCGAAAUGAGUUGGAUGGAAGUAGACGGUGACAAAUUGUACGAACCGCCAGUUACCAUGAAAGAUAUGUUGAAAUCGCUAUCAACUACCCGUCCUACAGUGAAUGAAGAAGAUAUGACGAAAUUAGAGAAAUUUAAAGAAGAUUUCGGACAAGAAGGUUGAGAAGUUCUUUUAAUUCAACCAAUAUGUUAGUUGUACAUGCUUGCCUUACUCCUCUUACAAUAACACUCGAUCAACGGUAUCUGUAUAAAUAUAAUCGGAAACGAGUUCACUUUUCUCGUCUCCUUUUUAGCUCUCAUCUUUUUUAAGCGCAACAUGCAAUAUUGGAUACGAUUUCGUAUCAGUAAGCUUAUUGCUUAAUUUACUUAGCGAAAAUAGUGCGUAUACAAAAAUCACAAAAUAAAUUAUAUAUUUUGAGAUAAAGAAUUCUUAAACUUAUCGAACACAGACAGGAGGUAGAUUAUUUUUUAUUGUAAAGUGUGAGGCAAAGGAGAAGCCUAUAUUGGUGGUGUCUAGUAUAUAUAACCUAUAUGUAUAUCUAACAAAUUAAAUCUAGAUUUUAUAGUUA